GUCGGACGUCAGCGCGUGUUACUCAUGAUUCCUCGUGUUUCGUAAAUAACAUCGAUUAAUACUUCGACCGUCAAUACGAAUAUAUAAAAUAAAAAUUUCUUAUUUUCUAAAGUGCGUAGAGUGUUAUUAUAAAGUGUUUUAAUAUAUUUGCAGUCAACAUUUUAUUGUUUUUGAGUUUUAAAAACUUUUGUUUACUUUGCUGUGCUGGCGACAACGAGCGGAAAUCGUCCAACGAAUUCUAAACACAUAUCGAAGAUUGAAAUAGCAACGCUCGCCGACACUAUAGUCAAUAAAGCGGACUCUAGCUUCCUGACCAGCUGCCUGAUAGCCACUAUGGCAUAUCGUGCAAGCUUCUGGGCUACAUACCAGUCUCAUGCGCACAGCCCAACGUAGUGCUCAGUUUAGUGCAAUGAUGCUCAGGAAUUGAAAUGAGUGAUCUGUUAAAAUGGGUGAUCUAUUACCGAGUAUACCGAAGAGUACGUCGGCCAGCGAGGUAGAUUACAAUUGGAGUAUCGGCCUCGAUGCGUACAAUACUGAUGAGGAACUGGCAAAUGUGGAGCUAUUCAAGGAUUACCCGGAGGGGUUGCUGCGGUUCGCCUCCGUGUGCUGCGUCUUAUUCAUGCUCGUGGGAAUCCCAGGGAAUUUAAUAACCAUCGUCGCAUUAGCGAGAUGUAAAAAGGUGCGAAAUGCUACUGCGGUUUUCAUAAUGAACCUGUCCUGCUCCGAUCUUCUAUUUUGCUGCUUCAACCUGCCACUCGCUGCUUCUACUUUCUGGCAGCGGUCGUGGGCUCAUGGAAAAACGCUCUGCCGAAUGUUCCCGUUAGCAAGAUACGCCCUUGUCGCAGUUUCAUUGUUUACUGUCCUAGCGAUCACGAUUAAUAGAUAUGUCAUGAUCUCGCAUCCUCGAUUAUAUCCCAAACUCUACAAGAGAAAGUAUUUAGCAGUCAUGGUUGCGAGCACAUGGGCCUUUUCAUUCGGUGCACUGAUUGCAACGUGGCUGGAGAAAUGGGGACGCUUUGGCUUGGACACAUCAAUAGGAUCUUGUUCUAUACUCCCAGACAAAAACCACCGCUCACCAAAAGAAUUUCUUUUUGUUGGAGCGUUUAUGCUUCCUUGUCUGGCUAUCGUAACGUGCUAUGCUAGGAUAUUUUGCAUAGUGAGGGAAGCAGCCAGGAGAUCACGCGCUCCAGGUCACGGAAGACCACGGCCCGGUCUGGAAGAUUCAGCUGUAGGAUCUGCUUCUACAGCUCUAGAACGGUCUCCCGGUACCGAAAAUGGCUAUCAUUCUGUGUCAUCAACGAAAAAAGCUUUACUUGCGCCUCCAACUGUACAUUGUCCAUCGACACCAGGUCCUGAGCGAUCUUCAUCUUCAGGAGUAGAUACUCUAGAUGGUCAUGAUGAUGAAUGCGCUCUCGAUGCGAAGCCUAGGACUCCAAAUAGUGGAGACACAGCUAAAAGACUACGUCAAGCUGCUGUAGUACUCAGACGUUCCCCUGCUCCCGUUCGACCUCCGCGACUAACACCUAAAGACAGGAAACUCUUGAAAAUGAUAAUGGCAAUAAUGCUCUCGUUCUGGGUCUGCUACCUGCCUAUAACUUUGACAAAAUUAUUUAGAGAAUUCACAUCACACCCAGCAGCAAACAUCGCAGCUUACAUUCUCAUAUACUUGACGACCUGUAUCAAUCCCAUUAUAUAUGUAGUCAUGUCUAGUGAAUACCGGCAAGCAUAUAAGAAUUUGUUGAUGUGUAGAAAAAGAGCGUGACGUUCACCCGGCGAUGGGGUUUCUGAGAAGCCCCCGCCGUGAAUAUCCGUCAAUACUCAAAGUGAAAUAGUUGUACAAAGGACUCAAUAUUCAAUGGAGAUAACCGGACUUUGAACUCGUUUGUGACAUACGUGAGUCAUAACAUGAAGCAAAUCAUUCGUCUCAAUGUCAAAAUUUGUAUGUAAAUUAGUUGUAAUCGCGAGCCGUCCGGGAUUGAGCUAGAUGAAUGUGUAUAUGACUUAAAAACACAACACCUAUAAUAAAAGAAAAGUGAUAUUGAACAAAAUUUCGAAGUGUUAUAAAUAUAAAUUAUAAUAAUAAUGGAUUAA